AUGCAGGGUCAUGCAGCUCCCAGCUAUGACGUGCUGGAGGAGAUUUUCGACGAGUUUGACAAAGACUUUACUGGCAAGAUGGGUAUGGAUGAGUUCAACUGGGCAUAUGCCACGCUGCAGCUUAAAGUCAAGGAGGAAGCUGUGAAAGAGGCUUCACGAGUCCUCAGAAUUCGCCUUGACCGGUCGGGCGGAGAGAAGCUGGGCCUCGCGCUUGACACCAAGACACUGGAGAUUCGAGGGAUCAAUCCAGAUUCUCUGGCUGCUCGGUGGAACUAUGCAAACCCUCGUGCUGCUCUACAAGUAGGCUACAAGAUCAAGAAGGUGAAUGCAAAGACAGGCAUGGCUGGCUACAGUGAGGAGCUGAUGAACGCUACAGUGAAGGUGUUGGAUAUCGAGGCAGUUCCAGGAUCACGAGUUCACAAGCCUCCCAAGUUCUACCACGUCAGACUGGACCGCUCAAGCGGCGGCAAGCUGGGCAUGCAGGUUGAGCAGCCUUCUCUGGAGAUUCAGAACUUGGCUGCUGGUGGACUCGCUUGCCAGUGGAACGAAAUGAAUCCGAAAGAGAGGAUUCGUCCCGGAGAUUCCAUCGUCAAGGUCAAUGGCAAAAACGGCCUAACGGGCUUCAAGGAAGAUAUGAUGAAUCCGAAAGUUGAAGUUCUUGAGAUCCAGCUUGCCCCAUUGAGCCGAUAUCACGAGGAUGAUGAGGAAGUUCCGACAGAGUCCUCAGUUCUGACGGAAGAGGAGGAAGCUGUGGAAAGAUAUAAAGUGAUUAUCGAAGCCAUGCAGGAGCUUUCUGAAGCGGAGAAGAAGCGAAGAGCAAACGCGGAAAAAAGACGCUUGAAGGCCAUCAGAGAUGGUAAAGAGGCCCUGGCUGCACUGGAGGCCACGCAAGGAGACUUCUAUCGGCAGAUGGCGCAGGCGACAUUGCCCGAAGAUUUGACCGUCCAGGCAGAGGACCAACGAAGGGAACGUCUGGCCAGGGAAGCAGCACGAAGACAGCAGGAGCGCACAUACGAUCACGAGUCUUUGGUUGUCAGGCAACCCGCACUAACGGGAAAUGAUCCAUCCGAUGCCGCUGGCCGAUCGACUUUCGCGUGCCCUUGCUGCGGACGACUGUUCUAUGUGUUCAUGGAGGCUGGACAGCAUUAUGCAGUUGUUGCUCACGGUGUCGAACUGCUGGGCCAAGACCUGCCGCUUUCUCCACCUCAAGGGCCACCUGUCGCCAAGGCAGCUGCGCGAAACGCGCCGCAAGCAGUUGCGGCACCAGCAGCUUCUAGCCCUUCUCAAGGCCCACCACGUACAGAACCCCCCAGUGAGUCCCGAGCCGCGCCUCCGGCAACCGGAGGUGGCUUCUUUUAG